CUUCAGUCCAUACAGACCCUUCUGGGGAAGGGAGCCAGGAGGAAAGGAGUGUGUCCAGCCGGGAGGCUGCGGCCUCUCCCGUAGGUGGGGCUGGGGCUCCUUCCGGUGAGAGGCAAUCCUAAGGUUGGAGGACAGUGGGCAGCAUCUCAGUGAGACCCCUGCGCAAGACACCCAAAGGGGCUAUGGAGAACCCUAGUUUGGGGCACCACCAGAGGGGCUGAGGAUAUCAUGGGAAAAGCUCAGAGCUGGGGAACCCCUGGAGUACCUCAGGGCCACUACUCUUAAGCAGUGGCCUGUAAGCUGACCAGAAACAAAUUGGUCUCUCCAGGGUCUCUUAGGAAUCUCUUCCAGUCACCAGAGCCCCUUCUGAAGAGACCAAACCUAGGGACUUCUAGGGACUUAGGGGCCACUGUAUGUCUGUGACAGCUCCUCUGGCUUCUUUAGCUCCACUGGGCAGUGGGAGAUACAACUGGUGAGAGUGUGGAUCCCAGCUCAGCACUUGAAUGCCAGGGUCAGCAGGUGGCAGGUACUUACCUGCCUUCCCCUACUUCCAGUCCUCUUGGCUGACAAGGACGGGGAGCCAAUCCCUUCAGAUGAGGUGCUGGAUGAAACUGUACCAGAGUACCAGGCCCCUAGGAAGAAGAGCAUGCUGGCAAUCUGGCAGCUGGACCCUGAGGACGUGAGCCUGGUCAAAUACAAGCAGGCGCUGCUGGGGCCCCUGCCACCCAUUAUGGGUAUGGCCUGGGGCCUGGAUGUGGAGGGCUGCAAGCAGGGGGGCGGGAGGUGGGGUUUGCAGGGCACCCUGUGGAUGCUGUUUCUCCUCAGACCCCAGCCUGCCCAACGUGCAGGUGACUAGGCUGACACUGCUGUCGGAUCAGGCUCCAGGGCCUAUCGUCAUGGACCUUACAGGGGACCUGGCUGCACUGAAAAACCAGGUGUUUAUCCUGAAGGAGGGCAUUGAAUACAAGGUGAAGAUCACCUUCAAGGUCAACAAGGAGAUUGUCAGUGGCCUCAAAUGUCUGCAUCACACCUACCGUCGGGGGUUACGUGUGGACAAGGCCAUCUUCAUGGUGGGCAGCUAUGGCCCCAGGGCCCACGAGUAUGAAUUUGUGACGACAGUGGAGGAAGCACCAAGGGGCGCACUGGCACGUGGCCUCUACGUGGUCAGGUCCCUCUUCACUGAUGAUGACAGGCUUGACCACCUGUCCUGGGAGUGGUGCCUUCACGUCUGCCAGGACUGGAAGGACUGAACCUACUUGGGGCCUGCUUUCCCAAUUUCUGUCAGUUGCAGAAGGACCUGCAAGCAUUCCCUAGACCUCCCAGUUGGUGACCAGAUGUCCCCCACUCUGCUGUGUCCUGCCCCCCUGCCUGGUGCCCAUUAAAUGUUACCCUGUCUCGCUGGCCUUGUGUUGCCUCUUUCUGCCUAUCUCCACCCUCUGGGGCCUUUCAGGCUUUAUCUUCCCUGAGACCCAGCCAGGUGCCACGUGGCUGU